AUGCGCCAAGAACUAUCAAUAUUUGCUAAACGUUUCUCACAAAGCCUGUCCGUGAAGCUGCACAGGUCUCACAGGCAGCAGCAGAGGAGAAGACACCGGAGAGGCUUUAAUGAGAUGCCCAGAGCGAUUUCAAUGUACGCACGCGAGGGGCAGCAGAUGCAGCAGCACGUGCAGUCCCCAGGGACAACCCCCCUCCCCUCCACGCGACCGUCCUCGGAAUUUCAUCAGCGGUCGGGGACAGGACCCAAACCCAGACCUCCUCCUGUGGGGAGAGCAGGGUGGGUGACGCACGUGGUAAAUCAUCUUUACUAUGGAUUGUAA